AUGGAGAAUUAUAAUCAACUCUCUGAGGCGCAACGACUCAAGCUAGAUAAAUUAUAUGCACUCGUUGGGCCCGAUCAAAUCGAGGUUCUUUUGGCCCAAGGCCCGGAGGUCCUCAAUACUCACCUUGAAGCCUUCAUGCGUGAUGAAGAAACGCUACUCGGGCAGGCCCACGACCAGGCAGCGUCAGCUGCGCCAACGCAAUACAUCCCAGUGCCUGUGCCCGAUCCAGAGACAAAGACUCGCUUUCUUGUUUUAAAAGCUAAAACCUUUGAAGGGAAGGAGGGAGAAAAUCUUCUCCUCUGGAUUCGAGAAGUUGAAAUGGCAAUGGAUGCCGCCAUGCUUGUGUCAACUAAGCAACGAGUUGGCCUGGCCAUUUCUAAGCUCGUCGGAAGAGCUAGAGAGUGGGCUCUAACGAGCGAUGUCUCUGUAAACGCUGCAAUUUCCACAUGGGAAAUGCUAAAAAGCAAUUAA